CAAUAACAGUAUGAUUUUUAUGGCGAGGAAGAGCAGAGGAGAAAAAAUGCGCGGUGGCGGGUCUAGGAACCUAACAGAUUCUAUCUAUAUUUUCGAAAAAUUCCUUCAUACACUAAUAUUAUUUGAUUUAUGAGGGCCAUGAAUUUCUUACUGCAUUUUAUCAACGGUCACUUCAUCUCUUCUUCUCCUUCUUUGUCUCAGACAUCACAAAUAGUACUUCUUCAGUACUUAUCAUGUCUCUUCAAUCUGCAAAUGUCACCUCUUUCCUCAAAUCUCAACAUUUUGAUUUUUCUCCACAAUUUUCUACUAAAUCUCUUGCUAAAUUACCCAAAUCCAAGAAUUUUGUACCCAAAAGAAAAAAAUCAUUGAAAUUGAAUUGUAGCCAAGAAGAGGAUUUUUACCUGUUGGAUGCUCCUGUUUCUGCUGGUGAUGGCUUCUCUUUCAGUGGAGGAAAGUAUUCAGAUGGAUCAAGCCCUGCUGAUGAAUGGUUCAAGCAAGGAAAAAUGGUGAAAGCGUAUGUUGUUGGCGGCUCAGGAGAGAAGGCAAAAGAUCCAAUAUUUGGGUUGGCAAUGGGAAGCAGUUCUCAAUCCUCUGAUGACAUUUUUAGAUGGUUUUGUGUUGAAAGUGGAAAUCCUGAUAAUCCCUCAGUCAUGCUAAUUCAUGGUUUUCCAUCACAGGCUUACUCUUAUCGCAAAGUUAUUCCCAUACUUUCCAAGAACUAUCAUGUCAUUGCUUUUGAUUGGUUAGGAUUUGGAUUUUCAGAAAAGCCGCAACCUAAAUAUGGUUUCGACUACACAAUGGAAGAAUAUGUUGCAUCCUUGAAAACACUGAUUAAUGAUCUGGUUCCCAAUAAGGUUUCACUUGUUGUACAGGGAUACUUCUCACCGGUGGCUGUGAAAUAUGCUUUUGAUCAUCAGGAUAAAGUCAAUGAUCUCAUCCUACUCAAUCCACCCAUAACAGCUAAGCAUGCCAACUUGCCAUCAUCGUUGUCCAUCUUCAGUAACUUUUUGCUGGGUGAGAUAUUUUCUCAGGAUCCUCUCAGAGCAAGUGACAAAACAUUGACUAGCUCUGGUCCAUACAAAAUGAAGGAAGAUGAUGCUAUGGUUUAUAGAAGGCCUUAUCUAACAUCAGGUUCCUCUGGGUUUGCACUAAAUGCAGUUAGCAGAGCUAUGAAAAAGCAAUUAAAGCCUUAUGUUGAGGAGACAAGGAAAAUGCUCAUGAAUGAAAACUGGAAAAUCCGCACAACUGUUUGUUGGGGCCAAAGGGAUCGCUGGCUAAACUAUGAUGGUGUAGAAGAUUUCUGCAAAGAGUCGAAUCAUAAAUUGGUUGAACUUCCCAUGGCAGGGCACCAUGUACAGGAGGAUAGUGGUGAAGAACUUGGAGAAAUCAUAUCUGGGCUGCUUAAACGGAGACGUUAGUAUUUGCAUUGUAUUAAACUUUUAACAAGCAAUACUUGCAGUUCAGACUUAUUAUUGCUGGUAUCUUUUUCGAAACAUCUAUGACAAGCAGAAAUUUAAACUGCUCAUUGAAAUAUCAAAUGAAUUGAUGGUUUAGCUUGUUGUCUC